AGGCCCGCGUAUGUACGACAGGUAUAGGUCACGGAGGCCUGUUGAUUGCUGAGUUUGUGAUGUGUACUCGCCCAGACGUGAGCAGGCAGCCACUCGCCUCUCUCUCUCUCCCCUUACUGAACAAUCUCUCAUUCCUUAACUUCCCCUCCCUUCCCUCAUCAACGUCCCUCCCUCCCUCCCUCUCUCUCCUGCCGUCUCUCGUUCUCUGUCUCUCACACACUAACUCGGAUAAAAAAAAUAACACGACAAAAAAUGCUGACUGAUUUGCCACGCAAUGUUAGCAGACUAGCUGCUUGCUCGCCCAUUGAUUGAUCCCAAGCAAUGCCCUGGCUAUUGUCGUAGUCUGAGUGGCUGAUAUACCGGUUAACAUGUAAAUAGUCCAACAUUCAAACGAAAUUCGUGUGCUCUCUAUUCUAACAAGCAUAAACUAAAAUGCGAGCCAAAAUGUCUCGCCCGGAUUAAAACCAAGUAAAUUAUUUUUCACACAUUAGCCAGCAAACUGUGAUAUUGUCUGGCCAGAGUUCCUGUAUUUUUUUUUUCGCAAAUUCUCUACCCGGAUUAUAACUGUUGUUAUUCUAAUUUUGCUGUUCUUAAAAAUUAUUGUUUUAAGAAUUUAUUUUUCUGGAAAUUUGUAUAUUUUGCUUAUGGUGGUUUCUCCGUGAGCGUUUGGAAAAUUGGUUCGCCAAGUUUGAGUGAGGUGUAUUCUCAGUUUGGAUAUAUCGGGAAUGCUGGAACUCGAGCAGGUCUGGUGCCGUGGAUUAGAUUAUUCAAACAUAGCCAGAUUUUUUACGGAAUCUCGUAUUGUCAACAUUACACCAUGCAGUGGUUCUGUAGCCUGUCAGCUUAGGGCCGACCCGCCAAGCGUUUCAGCACUCCGUCGCCCCAAGGGGAGUAAAUUAAGGUUAAAAGCGAGAGGAGCUGGUGGGGGCGGGGUGCUGGAGACGUGAGGUGGCCGCCCCCCAUGCAGGCUGUCCUGAAACAGAUCAUGGAGACUUCUUACGGACCGAUGAACGGACCCACGGCCUCGAUGCCGGAGCCGGACCUGCUGGACAAUGGCAAGGUGGUGGACACCUCGAAGAGGGAGUCGAAAGACUCGUUUAUGGAGUACGCCCAGAGACACGUGCGGAAGACCAUCAGCAACAGCUCAAGGGGUGUUGUUGGCGGGGGCGGAGCUGGCGGAGGGGUGCAAGGGCCCAACCGGCGAGCCAACGCCAACUUCAGCAAGCGCAUGCGCCGGAGACUGGUGUACAAGAACGGCGAGGUCAACAUCACCCAGACGAACAUACGCAAGAGGAGGCGGCGGUACCUGGCCGACAUUUUCACUACACUGGUGGACAUCAAGUGGAGGUAUAACCUCAUGCUCUUCGCCAUGGCCUUCACUCUUAGCUGGCUCAUCUUCGCCCUCAUCUGGUGGCUGGUAUGCUUCUCCCACGGGGACUUGGACAAUGUGGGCAACCAGAGCUGGCGCCCUUGCGUCAUGGAAAUUAAGUCUUUCACCUCCGCCUUGCUAUUCUCCAUAGAGACCCAACACACUAUAGGCUACGGCUUCCGGCACACCACUGAAGAGUGUCCGGAAGCCAUUGUACUCAUGAUGUUCCAGUCCUGCUUCGGGGUGAUCUGCCAGGCCCUCAUGACAGGCAUAGUCUUCGCAAAGCUUUCCCGCCCUAAAAAAAGGGCAGAGACGCUCAUGUUUAGUAAGAGCGCUUGCAUCUGUAAGCAGGACGGCGACAUGUGCCUCCUCCUGCGGGUCGGGGACAUGCGCAAGUCGCAGAUCGUGGAGGCGCACAUCCGAGCCGUGCUCAUCAAGAAGAAAAUCACCAAAGAGGGCGACGUGCUGCCGCUGUAUCAGUUCGACGUGGACCUCGGCUUCGGGGAAGGCAGGGAUCGGUUGUUCCUCGUCUGGCCAGUCAUCAUCGUCCACAAGAUCGACCAGGACAGCCCCUUCUGGGAGCUCUCUCCUGAGGACCUUUACCGUGAGCAGUUCGAACUCAUCGUCAUCCUCGAAGGGAUAGUGGAGAGCACGGGGAUGACCACCCAGGCCCGUAGCUCUUACCUCCCCGGGGAGGUCCUCUGGGGGCACCGCUUCGAGAGGCUCGUGACGUUUCAGAAGGAGAACGGUCAGUACCAGAUCGACUUCUCCCGCUUCCAUAACACCAUCCCCGUGGACACUCCCACCUGCAGUGCCAAAGAGCUGGCCGAAAUGACGGCGGCCGGCCAGACGCCGGACCAGACGUUCUGCGCCACCAGGAAUCCGGACGACUUAGAGGACGAAGAAGAGGACGAAGAGGAGGAUAACACGUCGCUGGCCUCCAAGUCGGACAGAUCUAUGGAUUCCGAUGCCUUUGAAGAAGAGACGACCUUCUGUAACAAGUCUUCUAUCACAAGUCCAGUCAAUGUAGGGCCGCAGUGGAGAAAUUUCUUCAAAGUAGAAGAAUUCGACUAAAGAACUGGAAACUCUUCAGGGUGCAGAGCAAGCCUUCCAGCCGAUGGUCACGCAGUCCGUGAACGACUCUGAAAAUCAAAUUAACACUUCCAUCGCGUUACACUGAAGAGUGUUCGUUCAAGUCAGACGCAGCUCUGCCCAUUCAUAAUUGCAUCGAGUUCAACGAUGCGUUCAUAAACCCGUUGCAGAGGCAAUCUUUUCAAAGAACAAAAAAAAAGCGAGGGCAACGAAUGACUUGGUGUGAAGAAGUGCUGCCCCCUAACUUGAACGUUUGCUGGCCUGGCAUUCACGCCUGAUCACUUCGAAUCAUCAUAGAGCAGGCGAUGAUCUGGAAGGGAAGACAACCGCUUCAACUAUUCGAAAUAAUGAUUCGUAGUCUAUCAACCAGCUGUAGCCAACCCUAUCAUCUAGCUGUAGCCAAUAAUAUCAGCGAAUUAUUUCUUUUCAAAUAUAUGAUUGGUCCUUUUUUUGAGAUGCGUAAGGCCGCUGCAAGAAACUUUGUUUGACUUGUGUCCAUUCGGAGGGGUAUAAGACACAAGACCAUUUUAGAUUGAGUGUCCGGGUCUCUGACCAGUUCUUUAAAGGUUUCUACCAAGGACACUUUUUCGGUGAUACAUAUUGAAUUUUUUUUUCUCACGAUUCCCGAACAACAAAUCAAAAACCGCUGUUCUAGACUCAGUGUCUGCUACAUGUUCUCAAGCCGGUACACUCUUUCCCUGGGAGGAAUUACAUUGACUGUAAUGACCGAGCGUUGUUAAGCAUUGACAUAAUGGAAUCAUCAUCUCUAUAUAACAAGGAUGGACAUAUUGGCUACUUGGUCAGUUCAGCACGAUACUUGGUUCUGGUUGGAGAAAAAGACCACGCUGUAGCCACUGCGGUCCAUCUUCUCACUGGCGUCACUUAACGCUAGCCUCCUUCACCUGGUAAUAGAAACAGUUUCGCCUGGCUUAGACCAGACCAGAGGCUAGACUUGUCAGAACGCAUGCUAAUUAGAGGAAGUGUAUACACGACGGGAGCUUAGCCCCACUGACCCGUGACUACCUUUGAAAACAAUUCCUCAGUGCAAUGUAGCUGGAGAAACACAAUUAUACAAAACUUCUGAAGGACUAAUGAGAUUUCAUCGUUAAAACGUGAUUAGAAUGAUCAACUCUGGGAAUAAGACAUUAGACAACUAAUGGGACAUUUCAUAUGCAUCUAGUACAAUGAGUUGUUCUUAUCACUUGUGUAUUAGCUGCUUUGGGAAUAUGUGCGUGUUUGUUUGUUUUGGAUGAAGUCUUUUUGGAGUUAUGGUUAGUUGACACAGCACGGUACAUAUGCAAGCACGUUUGCAACUGAAGAGCACACGUCAUUUGUUAUAUAGUGUCGAGUGCUAACGAAUUGAGGGGGGAGGGUCUGGCUGAGCUUGACGAAGACAGAGUGGAGAUAUAAAUGGACAGCAAGCGAAGGAGAGAGAGAGAGGACAAGAUAAUAAAAAAAAAGCUUAUAUUAAGCGUACUUGUAUCAAUUAGUUUGGUCAGUAGUGUAAUUAUAUUUGUAAUAGAUCUAGACUAACAAUUAAAAGCCUUUAUAAAAAAUUAUCAAAAAAAAAAAAAAAGGGGGGGGGGACGACCAAAAUUUGAGCUUUUGGCUGAAGCCUUCUCAAGCCAACACGGUAACCACUCUGCUGGUGGUGAGUUUAUGAACAUGGAAGAUUGUAUAGUUAUCUAUUGUUUGUAUAGUCUUUACCUAUUUUUUUUAGGUUUCAGACGACGACCUAUAAAGGCGACUAAUUUAUUACCAAUAGUUAGUCAUUAGUUAACUAAUUUGGUUAAUUUUUUUUAAUUGAUUCCUAUACGGCCUACUUAUAACACAAGGUAAAAGUCAUAAUUGUGCAAAAUUUCAGCUUGAUCCAAGAUUAUGUGUGAAAGAAAUAAAUGUGUACAAACUUUUUACCUGACAGAGUGAGUUGAUAUAAGCGUUGUCAAAAGAAACUACGCCGAGUAUGCCAGAAAACGUGUGAUUCUAGUCUUGUGUUCAUCUAUUUUUAUAUAUGUAUAUUAUUUUUGUUUGUAAAAACUUAUGCAUAAAUUAUAGUCCCAAGCACACCGCCAUGCAUAUAUUGACGCCAUAAACCUACUGUAUUAUGUCAGGAAUAUAAAGUAGAUGCUCUUAAAGUUGUCCCAACAACCUAGUGCCAGAAAUAGCAAUGUUAAGAUUGGACCACAGAAACUAUCAAUUCCAGACACAUCAAAUCGUGUAUGCUCAUGAAUAAUAUUGUAUGAUUUUUACUUAUACAUUAUGUACUACUAAUAGAAAUGCAAGUAACAUGAUGUCAUUGUUCUAUUAAUAGCAAGAAUUACAUCGUCUGGAUGGAAGUCACAAAGGAGAAUCCUACAAUACAUGUAACCAUGCCAGCCCUAACACAUGGAUUCACUUUAUCCGCGGUGUACAUACUGGCGAUACCUUCCCAGCAUCCCAUGGCAUUCAAAGCUAUCCAUGGCAUCCAGUCACGUGACGGCGCAAGAUGUGCACUUGUCUCUCGCGCACACAAAAAAACAAAUGAUGCGGCCUACUUGUAAACAAUCUACAUACACGACACAGAUUGCAAGGAGAGCACACUGUAGUGUCUGUCGUCAUGACAACAAGAUAACACACCGUUAGCCAUGACAAGUACUUAGAUCUAGUAUCCAAAUAUGUGUCCAAAUAUGAAGAAGUUUAGUUAUCCUACAAAGUCUCUAUACCAUCCUUAAAUCAACGUAUGUUGUACUUUAUGAAACAUUGAACAAGACCUGGUCUGGUAUGUGGUACUGUAUGAAACAUUGAACAAGACCUGGUCUGGUAUGUGGUACUAUAUGAAACAUUGAACAAGACCUGGUCUUGGCUGAUUUGUGUUAGUCUUUUUUUUUUGCUUCUUGUUUUUUUUUUACCCUUUACUGAUGGUUAUUAAGCAAGAUCUCCCUAAUCUGACGUAAGACAUGCAACCACCAAUGUUACGGUACAGAGCGAAACCAGUGGUUAGCUCUCUAGCCUGAAUUUUGUUCGUAUGCGCUAACACUAUAAAUAUAUCCCAGCCUCGGUCUGAAAAAACUUGCAAGCUUCAAUCUGAUAGGUAAAAUACCAUAUAAGGAUAUCGCGAUAAUUUCUGAAAAUUUACAUUUUCUUAUUGUUCAAGGCGUUUCCAUGGGUUUUAGUUGAUACCAGUCUCUUGCUAGUUUGGUUACCACAUUAUGCGCCUUUUCAACACUAAGCUGUAUAACAACUAUUGAAGUUAGUUAUGUUCCAUUUUAAUCGUAAGAAGUUCUGUUACAUAUAAGUCUGCAUCGAAUGACAACGCUCAUAUCAAAACAUUGAUAGCAUACAAAAAGAAAGUGUUUCAAUGUCCACUAUUAAAAAGUCGCGAGUGCUCUAGUCAAAACUGUGCUGACUUCAAACUACGAAACAAGCGAUGACAGUAGAUGGCGAAGAGUUGAAUAACAUAUUUUUAGCAUUCUCUGCAUUCGCCGAAGAAUAUCUGUGAGAGGUUGCUGGAUUUUCUGCUUUCGCGGAGUAAUGGGUAGAUGACAACAGGUUACUAGUCCACUUUUUUAUGCGGAGGGAUAUUUGAGAGGCUGCUAGUCCACGUGGAUUACUCGAAGGGAUAUCUCUGAGAUGUUGCCAGUAAGUUGUUCGAAGGGGUAACCUCUGAGAUGUUGCCAGUAAGUUGCUCGAAGUAAAUAUGGACUUUAAAUCAAGUCCGUAAUGAAUGAACAAACUCGAGCCGCUGGGUCAGGUAACCACUUCCACCAGUAUGUUUACAUAUAGAUAUGUAUUGUGACUUCAGAAUAUUCAACUUAAACAAGCACACGUCAGAUGUCAAAGAAACCAUCAACUGAACAGGUUUGAACUUUAAAUGACCAGGACUUCAGUGCUCUAAUUUUAAUUGAGUCUCUACAUUAGAUUGUGAUUUGAAACACGGGCCAUGUUCGUUUCUUUGCACCUGUAUAUAACAUCUGAUUGAUACAUUUGGUUUAGAAUGAACACCAUCACUAUUUCAUACCUAGACCUGUAUUUGUUACAUCAGUUAUCAUGUGUGAUAAUGUAUUCUCUACAUGUAUUGUUUUAACACCGUCAGGUCUCAUUUGUUGCGUUCUACUCUGACUUGUUCCUUUCUUCUACUCAUAUUAUGUAUGUAAAAAAAAAACUAUUAUGACCAUUUCAUAACAUGUACUAUUGUUGUAUUUUGUAAUGUUGAUUACAUCUUUCAUUACAUGUGUUAAUUACACCAUUCAUUGCGUGUGAUUUUUUUUACACAUGUUUAUUACAUCCAAUAUUGUUUACAUCAGCCUCAUGUAUACAAGUUUUAUCUAUUUCAUUUAAAACACAAAUUAAAGACAAUAACUGUU